CUCUAGAAGUGACUGGGGUCAGCCGUCAAGCAGACAGCCGAGCGAGGAGGCGGUGGGCCAUCCUGCUCCCUCCAAGGAAGGAGGGGACCGCUUUCCUGUCUCCCAGAACCUGCAGUCUGCCCAGGCCGGUGAGGGGGAAGCUGAGGAGCUGCGCCGUGGACGCUCCACCCGGUGCCGCCACCGCCACCGCCGCGGCUGCCAUGAUGGAUCGGAAGUGAGCCUCUGGGCGAGGCUGCCGGCGCCGGCGCUUCCAGUCUCCGUCCUCCACCGCCCCCUCCGGGGAAAGUGCGACCCCGGGGACUGAUUCUCUCGACCUUCGCGACCCUAGACCCUCAGCCCGGGCCUGCUUCCUCCCGGACUGAGCGGCAGGGAGUGGCUCCCGGCCUCCGGCCCCGGCAGCGAGGAAGAUGGCGGACCCGGCAGAGUGCAACAUCAAAGUGAUGUGUCGCUUCAGACCUCUCAACGAGUCUGAAGUGAACCGCGGCGAUAAGUACAUCGCCAAGUUUCAGGGAGAAGACACGGUCAUGAUCGCGACCAAGCCUUAUGCAUUUGACCGAGUAUUCCAGUCAAACACAUCGCAAGAGCAAGUGUAUAAUGACUGUGCAAAGAAGAUUGUUAAAGAUGUACUUGAGGGAUACAACGGAACAAUAUUUGCAUAUGGACAGACAUCGUCUGGGAAGACACACACAAUGGAGGGAAAACUUCAUGAUCCAGAAGGCAUGGGAAUUAUUCCAAGAAUAGUGCAAGAUAUUUUUAAUUAUAUUUAUUCCAUGGAUGAAAAUUUGGAAUUUCAUAUUAAGGUUUCAUAUUUUGAAAUUUAUUUGGAUAAGAUAAGGGACCUAUUAGAUGUUUCAAAGACCAACCUUUCAGUUCAUGAAGAUAAAAAUCGCGUUCCCUAUGUAAAGGGUUGCACAGAGCGUUUUGUAUGUAGUCCAGAUGAAGUUAUGGAUACCAUAGAUGAAGGAAAAUCCAACAGACAUGUAGCAGUUACAAAUAUGAAUGAACAUAGCUCUAGAAGUCACAGUAUAUUUCUUAUUAAUGUAAAACAAGAGAACACACAAACGGAGCAAAAGCUGAGUGGAAAACUUUAUCUGGUUGAUUUAGCGGGUAGUGAAAAGGUUAGUAAAACUGGAGCUGAAGGUGCUGUGCUGGAUGAAGCUAAGAACAUCAACAAGUCACUUUCUGCUCUUGGAAAUGUUAUUUCUGCUUUGGCUGAGGGUAGUACGUAUGUUCCAUAUCGAGAUAGUAAAAUGACAAGAAUCCUUCAAGAUUCAUUAGGUGGGAACUGUAGAACCACUAUUGUAAUUUGCUGCUCUCCAUCAUCAUACAAUGAAUCUGAAACAAAAUCGACACUCCUUUUUGGCCAAAGGGCCAAAACAAUUAAGAAUACAGUUUGUGUCAAUGUAGAAUUAACUGCAGAACAGUGGAAAAAGAAGUAUGAAAGAGAAAAAGAAAAAAAUAAGACCCUCCGUAACACCAUUCAGUGGCUUGAAAACGAACUCAACCGAUGGCGAAAUGGAGAGACAGUACCUAUUGAUGAGCAAUUUGACAAAGAGAAAGCCAACUUGGAAGCUUUCACAGUGGAUAAAGAUAUUGUUAUUACCAAUGAUAAACCAGCAGCCACAAUUGGAGUUACUGGACACUUUACUGAUGCCGAAAGAAGAAAGUGUGAAGAAGAAAUUGCUAAAUUGUACAAACAACUUGAUGACAAGGAUGAGGAAAUUAAUCAACAGAGCCAGUUGGUAGAGAAAUUGAAGACACAAAUGUUGGAUCAGGAAGAGCUUCUGGCAUCUACCAGAAGGGAUCAAGACAAUAUGCAAGCUGAACUGAAUCGCCUUCAAGCAGAAAACGAUGCCUCUAAAGAAGAAGUAAAGGAAGUUUUACAAGCCUUAGAGGAACUUGCUGUCAAUUAUGAUCAAAAGUCUCAGGAAGUUGAAGACAAAACUAAGGAAUAUGAAUUGCUUAGUGAUGAACUGAAUCAGAAAUCAGCAACUUUAGCAAGUAUAGAUGCUGAGCUUCAGAAACUCAAGGAAAUGACUAACCACCAGAAAAAACGAGCAGCUGAGAUGAUGGCAUCUUUACUAAAAGACCUUGCAGAAAUAGGAAUUGCUGUAGGAAAUAAUGACGUAAAGCAGCCUGAGGGAACUGGCAUGAUAGAUGAAGAGUUCACCGUUGCAAGGCUCUACAUUAGCAAAAUGAAGUCAGAAGUAAAAACAAUGGUAAAACGUUGCAAACAAUUAGAAAGCACACAAACUGAGAGUAACCAAAAAAUGGAAGAAAAUGAAAAGGAGUUAGCAGCAUGCCAGCUUCGUAUCUCGCAACAUGAAGCCAAAAUUAAAUCAUUGACUGAAUACCUUCAAAAUGUGGAACAAAAGAAAAGACUGCUGGAGGAAUCUGUUGAUUCCCUCAGUGAAGAACUAGUCCAGCUUCGAGCACAAGAGAAAAUGCAUGAAAUGGAAAAAGAGCACUUAAAUAAGGUUCAGACUGCAAAUGAAGUUAAGCAAGCUGUUGAACAGCAGAUCCAAAGCCACAGAGAAACUCAUCAGAAACAAAUUAGUAGCUUGAGAGAUGAAGUUGAGGCAAAAGAAAAACUUAUUACUGAUCUUCAAGACCAAAACCAGAAAAUGAUGUUAGAACAGGAACGCCUGAGAGUAGAACAUGAGAAGUUGAAAACUACAGAUCAGGAAAAGAGCAAAAAACUACAUGAACUUACGAUUAUGCAAGAUAGACGAGAACAGGCAAGACAAGACUUGAAGGGUUUGGAAGAGACAGUGGCAAAAGAACUUCAGACUUUACACAACCUGCGGAAGCUCUUUGUUCAGGAUCUAGCCACCAGAGUUAAAAAGAGUGCAGAGAUCGAUUCUGAUGACACUGGAGGCAGUGCUGCUCAGAAGCAAAAAAUCUCUUUUCUUGAAAAUAAUCUUGAACAACUCACUAAAGUCCAUAAACAGUUGGUACGUGAUAAUGCAGAUCUUCGCUGUGAACUUCCUAAGUUGGAAAAGCGACUGAGAGCCACAGCUGAGAGAGUGAAAGCUCUGGAGUCAGCACUGAAAGAAGCCAAAGAAAAUGCAUCUCGUGAUCGCAAACGUUAUCAACAAGAAGUAGAUCGUAUAAAGGAAGCAGUCAGGUCAAAGAAUAUGGCCAGAAGAGGGCAUUCUGCACAAAUUGCUAAGCCUAUUCGUCCUGGGCAACAUCCAGCAGCUUCUCCAACUCAUCCAAGUGCAAUUCGUGGAGGAGGUGCAUUUACUCAGAACAGCCAGCCUGUGGUAAUACGAGGAGGAGGCAAACAAGUAUAAGCAUGACACAUUACCUACAGGUGUUGUGAGUAAUUGAAGUAUGAAGAAGACAUAAUAUCAAGCAGAGUCAUUCAGUAACUAUAAAAUUUACCCCUGGGAAUUAUAGAAUUACAGCAAUUUUAAAUGUAUAAAUUAUACCUGGCCUGUACAGCUGUUUUCUGCCUACUUUUCUUGUAAACUCUGCUGCUUCCCAACAAAACUUAGAGUGCAAUUUUGGCUUCUUAAGAGGGAAAAAUGACAGUUUACAACUGUGGCCCUAUUUAUUACACAAUUUGUCUUUUGUGUCUUGCAUUUAGUCUUCACUGUGCCAAUCUAACUGUAUCAUAAGAUUAUGCUUUUUGUACUUGUUUCUUUAUGUGUGGUUUUAAUCUCAAAUUACUUAGCUGCUGUUACUUUUCUUUUUUUUCUUAUUAAAGUAUCUUCCUUAUUUUAGGGGAAAAUGUAAACACAUUUAGAUUAAACUUCUUAAAUUUUACCACUUACAACACUACAUGCCCACACAAUAUAUCAGGUCAAUACUACAAAUGAUUUCAGAGUCAAAUUUAUUUGUAUCUUUUCUGAUGUUUGCUUCUAAAAACUACUGUUUGAGCACUGAAACCAUAAAACUGUCUUAGUAGUCAUUUGAGACUGAGUAAGGCUACUUAAUUGUUAUUUCAUGAAAUUCCUGUUGCUGAAUUUUCUUGAAUAGAAAUAUUUUACAAUAUCAAAAACAAAUACCAGUUUUCAAAAGAGUUUGGAGAUGGAAUUAUAUUUGCCUUUUUUUCAAUUCUAUAAUCAACAUAGCUUGAUGGAAUGAACAUUUCCUGCUUCAGAUUUUGGAGAAUCCACAGAGUCUGGGGAUCGGCCAUGGCCCAACACCCUGAGGCCACAGACAAGUGCGUGUGGCCCCACAGUUGCAGCCCAGCAUCCCAGGAUGUACAAGCCUGAUGCUACCCAGCAAGCCUGAACCUGAGCCCCUUACAACUAUCCCACUGACUUUGAUGGGGCUCACCUGGCCCCACCACCAUGAUCUGACUCUCCUGGAUGCACCAGCUGGCCAUCACGACCCAGCAUGCCUGACCUAGUGCCCCUUGGACAACCAUCCUUACAUCCUUGCACCAGGCCACACUGUCAUUACUACCUGGCGCCCCUGGAAGACCCAACCUUGCUGUGCCUCUGGUGGACCUGCUGCUGUGACCUAACAUGCCUGAUCUGGUGCACUAGAAGACUGGACCUACUAAUUGGGGAGACAAAGAAAUAAUCCCCAAGAAAAGGAGGAAUCAACACAAGGAACUAAAUGAAGUGGAGGCAAUUUAUCAGAUACAGAGGUCAAGGUAAUAGCCUGAUGCUACCCAGCGAGCCUGAACCUGUGCCCCUGACAGCUAUCCCACUGACUUUGAUGGGGCUCACAAAUUAAAACUUCAAGCAACUUAAUGAGAACUAUAAGGAACUCAGCAGGAAAUUCAUAAGCAUGAAAAAGUAUGUAGAAGCCAUGAAUAAGACUCAAUUUGAAAUGAACAGUGACGUAGCUAGAAGAAGGAAUACCUGGGAAGAAACUGAGAACCAAAUAGGCAAAUUAGAGACAAGGUGGAAAAAAUAUCCAGAGUAGCAAUUAGAAAAAAAUAAAUAAAAAGGGUAAUUUAAGGGAGCUUUGGGACAACAUAAUACUUCCAAGAGCUUUCUUAUGAGACUUUGGAAUUAUCCCAGAUAAAGACACUACAAAGAAAAUUAGUUGAUAUCCUUGAUGAAAAGAUGCUAAAACCCUCAACAAAAUAUUAGCAAAUCAGAUCCAGCAAUAUAUUAAAAAGACCAUACACCAUGAUCAAGUGAGACUUAUUCAAGGGAUGCAAUGCUGGUAUAGUAUUCACAAAUCCAUCAAUGUGCUAUCCUAUAUAAUAAAAGCCUAAUAUGCAAAUCAACUGAAUGGCAAAAUGACAUGUGGAAUGACCAGUCACUAUGAUGUGCACUGACCACCAGGGGACAGAUGCUCCACGCAGGAGCUGCCCACAGGCCCAGGCCAGCCAAGGUGGGGGUCUCCUAUCGCCCCACAGAUGGGUCCUGAUCACUGGCCAGGCCUAAGGACCCCCCCCCCCCCCCAUCUGUGCACUAAUUUCAUGCACUGGACCUCUAGUAUUACAUGAAUUGAUAGACGAGAAUCACAUGAUCAUAGAAUUAGAUGCAAAAAAGCAUUCCACAAAACCCAACACAUUUUUUAUAAAAAUUAUCAGCAAAGUGGGAAUAGAAGGAUCAUACCUCAACAUAAUAAAGGCCAUAUAUAACAAUCCUACAACGAACAUCAUACUCAGUGGGCAAAAAUUAAAAUUUCCCUUAAGAACAAAAACAAGACAGGGAUGUCUGCUUUCACCACUCUUUCUCAACAUAGAACUGGAAGUCUUAGCCAAAGCAGUCACACAGUAAGAAAUAAUUAAAAGCCAUCCAAAUUGGAAAGCAGGAAGUAAAACUCAUUAUUCACGGAUGUUAGGAUAUUGUUAAUAGAAAACCCUAAUGACUCCAACAAAAAACUCGAUUUAAUGGAUAAAUUUGGCAAUGUAGCAGGAUACAAAAUUAACACCCAGAAAUCCAUGGCAUUUCUUUAUACACCAAUAAUGAACUCUCAGAAAGAGAAACUUUAAAAAAGAAAAAAAAACCCUCUUACCAUUGCAACAAAAAAAAUUAAGGUACUUAAGAAUAAAUUUUACCAAGGAGGUAAAAGGCAUAUAUUUGGUAAACUACAGCUUUUGAAAAAAGAGAUAAGAAGAUAGAAACAAAUGUAAAAGUAUACUGUUCAUAGAUUGGUAGAAUUGAAAUGUCCAUACUAUCCUAAGCAAUCUAUAAAUUCAAUGCAAUCUCUGUAAAAAUAUCAACAGCAUAUUUCACAGAUCUAGAACAAGCACUCCAGAAAUUUAUACGGAACCCUGAAUAGCCACAGCAGUCUUGAGAAAGAACAAAUUUGGAGGUAUCAUAAUACCAGAUAUCAAGUUAUACUACAAAGCCACCAUAGUCAAAAGAGCCUUCUACUUACACAAGAAUAGGCAUAUAGAUAAUUGGAAAACAAAGAACUCAGAAAUUGACCAAGCCUUUACACUCAAAUAAUACUUGACAAAGGGAGCAAGAGUAUACACUGGAGUAACAACAGUCUCUUCAAUAAACAGUGCUGGUAAAAUUGGACAGGUACAUUCAAAAAAAUGAAACUAGACCACCAACUUACACUACACACAAGAAUAAACUCAAAAUGCAUAAAGAACUUAAAUGUAAGUCGUGAAAUCAUAAAAAUCCUAGAAGAAACCACUGGCAGCAAAACCUCUAACAUCUCUCAUAGCAAUACAUUUGCCAAUACAUCUCCUAGGGCAAGGGAAACAAGAAAAUAAACAAAUGGGACUACAUCAAAAUAAAAAGCUGUGCAGUAAAAGAAACCAUCAAAAAAAUGAAAAGGGAUCCCACUGUAUGGGAGAACAUAUUUGCUAUUGAUACAUCUGAUAAGGGGUUAAUUUCCAAAAUAUAUAAGGAACUCAUACAACUUAAAAAAGAAAACAGUCCAAUUAAAAACCGGGCCAAGGACCUAAGAAACUUCUCCAAAGUGGCCACACAGCUGGCCACCAAACAUGAAUCAAUGAACAGUGCCACUAAUGAGAGAUGCAAAUUAAAACUACAAAGAUGUAGCUUCUCACACCUGCCAGAAUGGCUACCAUCAAGUCAGUAACAAGAGCUGGUGAGGAUGUGGAGGAAAAUGAACCCCAGAACACUGCUGGUGGGAAUGAAGACUGGUGCAGCCACUAUUAAAAACUGUGCAGUUUCCUAAAGUUAAAAAUGGAGCUACCGUUUGACCCAGUGAUUCUAGGAGUAUACUACGAAUCCCAAAGCACCAGUCAAAAAGAAUAUGUGUGCCCUUAUGUUCAUAGCAGCGCAAUUGACAACAGCCCAGGUGCCCAUCAGUAGACCAGUUGAAAAAAAGCUGUGGUACAUUUACACAGUGCAAUACUAUACAGUUGUAAAAAUAAAUAAAUAAAAAACAACAUCUGUAUUACUGUUUGAGACAGCAUGGAGGAACCUGAAGAUGAUUAUGCUAAGUAGAAAAAGCCAGUCAGAGAAAGACAAGUACCAUAUGAUCUCACUUAUAUGUGGAAUUUAAUGAACAUAAUAAACUGAUGAAUAAAAUAAACCAGAGGCAUGUAAACAAGGAACAGACUAAUGAAUGUCAUAGGGAAAAUUGGAGGAGGGGGAGAUGAACACCCUGCUUCAUUUCAGUGAGCUUAGUAGUUAAUAUAAGAAUUGAACAAAUAUUAAUUUGUCCACUUAAUAUACUGAAAUGAAUUGAGAUAUAUAAUUAAAUUUUAUAUUAUCUACUGUAUUGGCUGAUUUAAGUUUAUAGACUGGAAGUUUAGAAAAAAAGUGGAAGAACCAGAUAAAUAUAUGGUAAGUUUAUAAAUAUUUAGGUAAUUUUUGGUCUCAAGUUCUUGAAGUACUUUUAAUCUCCUUCACUAAUUCAUACACUAUAAUUUAUAUCUUACCCUGGAAAUAGUAAAUUGUCUGCAAGUCACUAACCUCAAAUUAUUUUGUUGGUUUUAUCCCAUAAUUUUAAAAUUAGUACUAAAUGUACCUGUUUUGCCACCCUUUCCUAAGUUGAUAAAACUAAGUCAACAGUUUAUUUUAGGGAGCUAUAAAAGUAACAGGGAAGGAGAUUUCAAUAUUUGCUUCAUCAAUGAGGUGGUGACUCCCAACUGUUUUAGCAGAAAUUUGCCUAGAAUGGGGAUAUAAUGGUUUCAGUCAGCAGAGAAACUUGGGAAGUUCUGUGUUAGGAUCUGGCUGGCAGAAUUUACUUUCUGAACAAGUUUUAUAUAUAGAUAUUUGUAAUAAAUUUGGAUCAUAGUCAGAAAACUCAGAUCAUAAUUGGCUUAUUUUUCUAUUUCCUUAACUAUUGUAAUUUCCACUUUUAUAUAAUUUUGAUUUAAAAGGUAAAUUUAUUUUUUUAAUAGUAAAAAAUUUUUGCUGUUGUAGUCUGCAUCCUUUAAAAUGAUUGUGUUCCUUUUAGGAUUGAUCAGAAGAAACACUCCAAAAAUUGACAUGAAACAUUGCAGCAAGAUUAAAGUAAUGCAGUUAACUUUAUUUUGUUUUCAAAUGAAAAUUUGCUUCUUUGGCAAUAUUCAUCAAUGAAGCAGAAUUUUUUUCCUCUUUGUCUGAAUAUGGGAAUUUCAUUCUUGUUACAUGAAUCACGGGUAUUGGAGCUGUGUAACUGAAUUGUAGCUAGCAUGUGGUUCAGAAUAUACAAUGUUAGGUUUUUAAAAAUACCUGAAUUUUUUAUUUAUAAUUUCAAACUUUCACAGCAGUGUACAGAGAAUUUCAUAAAUUUGUUUUCAGUGAACUCUUUUUGCUAUAGGUUAUUAGACAUAGUGUUUACUCUUAUAAAUGAAAGUUUCUGAUCAUCUAAAACAUUGACACUUCAAUUUUCAGUGUUUCGUUCUGAAUAUAUUAACGUUCCUCUGAAUGGUAUUGAUAAAUGGUUCAGAAGAGUAACUCAGUAAAGUAAAAGUAAUAUUUAUUCAUGAUAAGCAAUUAAAUUAUUUGCCUAACUUAAGAAAACUACUGUGCAUAACUCAAUUUGACACAAGGCGAUAGAAGAGUCCAAGUUUACCUGUGGAAUAUAUUGGUUUAUUCUCAGUGUUUGAAGAUAUAUUUGAAGAUAAUUGAUUUGGGAAGAUGCCAUAUAAUUUUCCUUUUUUUUUUUUUUUAACCUGCAUGCAGUAAAUGUGUUUUAUGUUUAAAUAAAGAGGAAAAUUUUUUUGAAAUGUAA